UUCUCCUUGUACACACAUGUGAGAGAUUCCCAAGAGCACCUACAUAUGAAUGACAUUGCUGGAUUGAAAGGGCCAAAUGAGAUUGGUGGUGUAGCACACCAGAGCAGUAACACGUGCAGCCCCACUUCUCCACAUACACCCACACUCCUGAGUUGGUGUUCAUCUUCUGUACCUUGUCAGUUUUCUACCUGUCAGAACACCAGGAACUGUGGUAAAGCUGUCCAGGAUCACAGUGGGAAUUUCUGCACAUGGCUUCCGAAGAUGUGACCAUUACAGUUCGCCUCAUUCGUUCAUUUGAGCAUCGCAAUUUCAGACCUGUAGUAUAUCAUGGAGUUCAUUUGGACCAAACUGUAAAGGAUUUUAUAGUAUUUCUAAAGCAAGAUAUCCCUUUGAGAACCAGCCUCCCACCACCAUUCAGAAAUUAUAAAUAUGAUAAACUGAAGAUUGUUCAUCAAGCACAUAAAUCAAAGACAAAUGAACUUGUGUUGAGUUUGGAAGAUGAUGACAGACUCCUGUUAAAAGAAGAUAGCACCCUGAAAGCAGCUGGAAUUGCCAGCAGAAGUAUGCUCCCUCAGCUCUGUGACUCCUCCAAGGUUGUGGUGCACAUUCAGAAGUGUUCUCUCAUCUUCCUGGUCUGAGAUUCAUUGAUGUAGAGCUUUAUUGAAUGGAAAUAGAAAAUGUAUUGUGUGAUGCCAUUUUUAUUUUUAAAUAUAUGUAUUUACAUGUCUGUAUAUGUAUAUGAAGAAGAGAUCAUAUAGUAAAAUUAUAAAAAUGCUUUCCCUGGGUGGUGGCAUUGCUAGCAAUUGUUUUUUUCUUUAUUCUCCAUUUUAUCUAGUUGUUCUUGUAAUUUAAACUUUCUUUUAUAAUUUACAUGUAUUACUUAUAAAGUAAGGGCCCAAUUUUAAGGAGUCAACUCCUAAAUUUAGGGAAAAUUGGUUUGAAUGAUGGUUCUGCAUCUGUGACCUUCUGGAAGCCAUUUAGAGUCUCUGAACUUCUACUUUGAUUUCUGUAAAAUGAAACAGAAAUAAUAAACCUAUUUCAGAGGGUUGUCAUAGGGUGAAGUAAAAGAAUGUAUAUGAAAGCAUCUGGAGCAAUGCAUGUAAACGCCCUCAAAAACACUUCAUUUUAUUUGGAAACCAUUUUAGAGAAAGCAAUUGACAAAUGUUUUGAAUUUGUUAAAAUCUCAAGUUGUUGGUUUAAUUGUCAUCAAUUUCAGACUUAUAUAACAAACCACCUAUAAAGGUAUAAAUCAAAUCACUUUUUUUUUUUUUUUGGGUCGUUCUUGUUUUAAGGCCAUAUAGAUCUUCGAUCAGAAUCGGAUCAUUUUCAUGGGUUCUCCACUGGUUUCAGGUUGUCACUUCAAACUGUUCUCAUGCCCUGGCAAGUCUGUAGCCCUGGUUGAGGGUGUCUUCCAUCCCUGUUGGGAGCAACCCCCUCUUCUGCAUGUUCCCUUUUGUUGCUGAGAGCAGUGUUUCUGUACCCUUGAGAACAAGCCACAGUUAUUACUCAUGGGGAAGGAGGUGAUGGCCCCUGGAGAGCAACAAAAAACUCUUAAGUGGGAGUAGAGUUGUAAAAGCAGUACUUGAAAUGUGUGAUUUUUCUAGGGAGUUUUCCCUCCCUUGGUGCUGUGCCUGGUUAGGUUUUUAAGAGGUUUAGGAGAAAAAUUCUAAGUCAUCGCUUCCUCCCUUCUUACCACUUGAUCUUGCUGUAGAGCUGUCACUCUGCCAUCACAGCCAGUUGCCAUGGGAAUAAGGCCAGUGUAACAAAUGUAGCAUUAUGACUUUUCUGUAAAAAUCAUGAAAGGAAAAGAAAGACUGUGAGGGGGGAAAUUAGGGGAACAAACUGGUUUGAAGAUUUCUUUUCUCACCAAGAAAUUCUCUAGCCUUUUAUCUACAUUGCAGAUCCCAAUUGUAUAUUCUACGCUCGGUGUCAGGGGAGGUUUUUGCUUGUGGAUUUAGUCCUGAAAUACAUCAAUAAAAAGAUUUGUUUUGUGGAAGAAGGCCUUACCUAGAAUUGUUAUUUAUAAUUUAAAGAUCUUGUUGUUAACAGUUGUGGUUUUAUGGACUAAUUCCCGUAAGUAAUAAAUUUUCAUGUUAAAUAUUUU